GUAAGAAUAAAUGGAAGAACAAGAAUGCCAGAUAUGCUUUUGAGAAGAAGAACCUGAAGAAUUAAGCAUCAUAUGCCAGAACAAGCAUUUUACAUGCAGUGGAUGAGCAGAAGCCUACGUACAGUCAGCUUUCUCCACGCCUGAAGCAAGCAUCCCCUUUAAAUGCUCAAUUUGUAAGGUCCUCAUAGAGAAGAGUCACAUCGAAAAGCACCUCGACGCCAACCAGAAGCACAUAUACGAAUUCUACUCAAAAUUUGUGACUCUUGACUCUAAGAAGUAUCGAAUCCAUUCCUGUCCUAGCAAUUGUGGUUACAUAGACAUUCUGAAUAUGAGUCAAAAUGACUGCCCCUUUUUCACCUGUCAGAAGGAGGGUUGCAAAAAGGGCAGCUGUACCAUAUGCCUGAGGUUUUACAAGAAUCCUGAUGUAGAAGCUUUGAGUGAAGAACAGUAUGCAGAACUAGUCUCAGGCCCAGAUGGAAUUUACAGUCAUCUAAAUUGCUUCAACAAAAAGGGCAUUAAAGAAGAAUGGGAAGCAUGCUUAGAAAAAGGAACAUCCAGAUCAUGUCCCAAAUGAGGAUUUAGAGGGAUGAAAGAUGGCGAGUGCACCCAUAUUAAGUGUCCUAAAUGUACUACCAUGUGGUGCUACGUCUGUGGUCUAGAUGAAGAUGCUUGCGACAAAGAAGAGAUCCAAGAUGGAAUCAGAAAAGAGAAGAUCUUUGGGCACAAUGAAGACUGGAAAACUAAUCCCAAGAGAUGUCCUCUCUAUUUGAACGAAGUUCACCCAAUUGAUGAUAGAUACACUGAAGAGGACAACCAAUGUAAAGAGUUUUUACAUAAGCUCCUUCUCUACAAAGAAGUGCGUGAAUUUAUCAAUAAGCACUCAGAAGAAGUCCUAAACGAAGUUUUUGAGACAUUCCCAGCGAUCUCAAACCAUGGCGUUGACAUAAAAGAAGCAAUGACUGCAGACCUCACCAUUAUCAAAAAAUAGCC